AUGACGGAAGCAUUGAAGGAGACUGUGAGUUCAGCUUGGACAAAUGUCAAGCGCGGCUUGUCUAGCGCACCACCCAAUGACGCCUACCUUGCCUGGAACGCUUCUGGAGUCGAGACCAUCAAACCGGACGAGCAAGAGAAGACACAGCGGAUCAAGGAGGUCAUGGAGCGCAUGCAGAAGCGCAACUUUGACCUUCACAGAAAAGCUUUCAGGGCGACUCAUGUGAAAACGCAGGGAAUUGUCAAGGGCAAGCUUCAAGUCCAUCCAGAUCUUCCAGAGCAUCUUCGCCAAGGCAUAUUCUCGGAGCCAGGUAAAACGUAUGACGUUGCAGCGAGAUAUGCAAACGAACCAUAUCUUCUACAACGUGAUCAGGAGAAUGGUCCUCGCGGUCUAGGACUCAAGGUCUUUGGUGUUACAGGACUUCGACUGGAAGGCGUCGACAGUUCAGUCAACACCCAGGACUUCUUCUUCAACAACGCUCCGAGCAUUGAGCUGACAGAUGUCGAUACGACCUUGGACAUCAUGAGUCUUCGUGAGAAGUAUUUCGAUGAUCCUGCGGCCCUGGGCAGACAUUUGAAGCUGCAAAUGGAUCUGGUGAAGCAACACGCGCCUUACAUGCUUCCAAACACUAACAUCAUCUCCCAUUCCAUGUACACCCAGUCAGCAUUCAGAUUUGGGCAAUACUACGGACACAUGGCUUUGUUCCCUGUGUUGGAGUCUCAGGAAGCAGCCGAUGACAAGGUCAAAAAUGAUGACCCGUCAUGCGUGUUGUCAGACUGGCUGUUCGACUAUUUCGGCGACAAAGAAGCCAAAUACGAAUUCAAGGUAAGAAGAAUCCAGCUGGGAACGGAUCCAGCUCAUCAUCCUACCGAGGAUGGAAGCGUCGUAUGGGAUGAGGCAACGAGUCCUUAUCAAUCGCUAGGCACUAUUAUCUUCCCUGCACAAGACAGCUUCAGUCACGAAAGACGUGUGUUCUGGGAGGAUCGCAUGUCGUUGGACGCGUGGAGAGGUCUGGAUGCGCAUAGGCCUCUCGGAGGAAUCAACCGUUUGAGGAAGGAUGUUUACCCACACAGCAAGAAGACCAGAGACAGGAUCAACGUUUCCAAGUCGGAAGAUGUGCGCAGCGUCGAUGAGAUUCCAAACUAA